GUGGGAAGGAGGCGGAUAAGCGGAGGCAGCGUUAGGGGCAGUGGGUGGGAGGGGAGGCUUCAUAAGCACCCGGUGGAGGCCUCAACGCCAUAAACAAGAAGCUGCAGAUAUUGCCUGAACUGCCGAGUGUGCAUUGGCACAUGGACAGCAGCGUUUUGGAUGUCAUCAAGAUUACAAGAAGAUUGAAUGUAGGAGACCGGCUGGGAGUGUGUUAGGGGAGUUUAGUCUACAGGAGAUUAGAAGGGGAGGAUUUGCAGUUCAGAAACUCAAACUAAACAUCACAUCAGGAUCUGAAUGAGUCGCCCAAUUCAUCAGGACCUGAAUAUCAUCAGCCUUUGAAUAUGGAACCAAAAAGCACCAUUCACCCUGGGGAAAAACCAUGGAAUUGUGGGGACUAUGAGAAUGGAUUCAAUUACCCAUCGGAGUUGGAAAUUCACCAUCAAAUUCACACCGAGGAGAGGCCGUUCACCUGCUCUGAGUGCGGGAAAGGAUUCACAAAGUCAAACUACCUGCUAAAACACCAGCGAGUUCAUACUGGGAAGAGGCCGUUCACCUGCUCCGAGUGUGGGAAGGGGUUCAUUAAUUCAUCUGACCUGCUGACACACCGAAGAGUUCACACUGGGGAGAGGCCAUUCAUCUGCCCCAAGUGUGGGAAGGGAUUCGCUCAGUCAUCCACCCUGCUUAUACACCAGCGAGGUCACACUGGGGAGAGACCGUUCACCUGCUCUGUGUGUGGGAAGGGAUUUACUUGUUCAUCAAACCUGAUGAGACACCAGCAAAUUCACACCGACAAGAAACCUUUUAAAUGCACAGACUGUCAGAAGUGCUAUAAAAGUAUUGAGGAACUGAUGUCCCAUCAACGUUUUCACACUGACGAGAGACCAUUCAGGUGCUCUCACUGUGGGGCUGGGUUCAGGCGAUCAUGUGAACUCACUGUACACCAGCGAAUUCACACUGGGGAGAGACCGUUCCUCUGCUCCGAGUGUGGGAAGGGAUUCACUCAGUCGUCCAACCUGCUGAGGCACCAGCGAGUUCACACUGAUGAGAGACCUUUUAAAUGCCCAGACUGCAGAAAGUGCUAUAAAAGUUCUGGGGAACUGAUGCGCCAUCAACGUAGUCACACUGUGUGAGACCAUUCAGAUGUUCUCAGUGUGGCACUGGGUUCAAGCAAUCAUCUCAGCUCGCCAUACACCAGCAAGCUCACACUGGAGAGACCCCAUUCAUCUGCUUCGUGUGUGGGAAGGCAUUCCCUCGGUCAUCCAUCCUGAUGAGUCACCAGCGAGUUCACAAACAAUUACAGUGACUGGAGUUUGCUGUUAAUCAUAUCCAGGACUGAACCAUGUUCAUUGUUGUCUAUUUUUACUGAUGUUAAUAAACUCCAGCCCAAUUAUUGUAGUUAAUAUUCUGGAUAAAAGUCAAAUAAAAUCAGCUUUGUAUUAAA